CGUACACUAGUGAGUCAACCUGCCCCUCGCCUCCCAUGGUUGGCUUUUGAACUUCUUUUUAACCCGCGUUGCCAAAGGGAUUUGCAAGUUGAUCAGCCCUUUGCACAUCUUUCCGCUGCGGGAACCGUUUGCUUGGUAAGGAGGCCACCAAGCUUUGCGUAUCAAUUAAUUCCAAUCGCACAUCAUGGAGGCCAUUAAGCAGACGUUCCAGCGUUGCAAGGCCCAGAACAGGGCUGCGCUCGUCACUUAUGUCACCGCCGGCUACCCUACGGCCGAGUCGACCCCCAAUGUCCUCCUCUCCAUGCAGAAGGGUGGCGCCGACAUCAUAGAGCUCGGUGUGCCCUUCACCGAUCCCAUUGCUGAUGGCCCGACCAUCCAGACCGCCAACACCAUUGCCCUCCAAAAUGGCGUUACAAUUGAGUCGACUCUGCAGAUGGUCCGAGACGCUCGCAAGCUCGGCGUGCGCGCUCCCAUUCUGCUUAUGGGCUACUACAACCCUCUGCUUAGCUACGGAGAGGAGCGCCUUAUGAAGGACUGCAUCGAGGCUGGCAUUAAUGGGUUCAUCGUCGUCGACCUUCCUCCUGAGGAGGCCAUCUCCUUCCGCAAGUGGUGCAGCAAGGGAGGACUCUCCUAUGUGCCUCUCAUCGCCCCGGCUACUUCUGACGCGCGCAUGCGCAUUCUAUGCCAGCUGGCCGACUCGUUCAUCUACGUCGUCUCCCGCCAAGGUGUCACGGGCGCUCUGGGCACGAUUAAUGCUCACCUUCCCGAACUACUGUCUAGGGUCAAGAAGUAUAGUGGCGACAAGCCCGCAGCUGUUGGGUUUGGUGUGAGCACCCGCGAGCACUUCGUCUCUAUCGCUCAGCUUGCGGACGGUGUGGUGGUCGGCAGCAUGAUCGUCACCACCCUGCAGAAGGCCGCCAAAGGCGAGGAAUACAAGGCAGUUCAGGACUUUUGCUCCUACCUCUGUGGUCGUACCUCCUCGGCCGAGGAUGAGGCCACUCGGGAAGUCGGCAUCAUCGAGGCUGUCUCCGGUGCCAGAGACUCCAACGGCGAAGUCGGUGUGGACGGCGUUGUCAAGGACACUGAUGACCUUGUCGCACAGCUGGCGGCUAUGCACAACAAGAUUCCCGAGCGUUUUGGCGAGUUUGGUGGCCAGUAUGUUCCCGAGUCGCUGAUGGACUGCCUGUCCGAGCUCGAGCAAGGCUUCAACAAGAUCAAGGAUGAUCCCUCCUUCUGGGAGGAAUACCGCAGCUACUACCCUUGGAUGGGCCGCCCUGGCCACUUGCACAAGGCAGAGAGGUUGACCGAGUACGCCGGCGGCGCCAACAUCUGGCUCAAGCGCGAGGAUCUCAACCAUACCGGCUCCCACAAAAUCAACAACGCCCUUGGCCAGCUCCUGCUUGCCCGCCGCCUUGGCAAGACCAAGAUCAUUGCCGAGACGGGAGCCGGCCAGCACGGUGUCGCCACAGCUACCGUGUGCGCCAAGUUCGGCAUGGAGUGCACUGUCUAUAUGGGUGCUGAGGACGUCCGCCGUCAGGCUCUGAACGUCUUCCGCAUGAAGCUCCUUGGCGCCAAGGUUGUUGCCGUCGAGGCCGGCAGCCGUACCCUGCGGGAUGCGGUCAACGAAGCCCUCCGCGCCUGGGUUGUUAACCUAGAGGACACACACUACAUCAUUGGGUCCGCCAUCGGUCCUCAUCCCUUCCCUACCAUUGUCCGGACUUUCCAGUCUGUCAUCGGUAACGAAACCAAGGCCCAGAUGCUUGAGAAGCGUGGCAAGCUUCCGGAUGCUGUUGUGGCGUGCGUGGGCGGCGGUAGUAACGCGGUCGGCAUGUUCUACCCAUUCAGCAACGAGCCAAGCGUCAAGCUUCUCGGCGUCGAGGCCGGCGGUGAUGGCAUCGACACAUCCCGUCACAGUGCUACUCUCUCUGCCGGCACCAAGGGCGUCCUUCACGGGGUCCGGACCUAUAUCCUGCAGAAUGAACACGGUCAGAUCAGCGACACCCACUCCGUCUCGGCCGGCCUGGACUACCCCGGCGUGGGGCCGGAGCUGUCCAACUGGAAGGACACGGAACGCGCCAAGUUUAUCGCUGCCACAGAUGCCCAGGCCUUUAUCGGUUUUCGCCUAAUGAGCCAGCUGGAGGGCAUCAUCCCCGCCUUGGAGUCGUCGCAUGGUAUCUAUGGCGCCAUUGAGUUGGCAAAGACCAUGAACAAAGAUCAAGACGUGGUCAUUUGCCUGAGCGGCCGCGGCGACAAGGAUGUGCAGAGCGUUGCUGAUGAAUUGCCCAAGCUGGGCCCCAAGAUCGGCUGGGACUUACGGUUCUGAGAGACUGCGUCACGAUGAUGAAAAUGGUAGCGGGUGGUCACUCUUUGGGAUCUCGGCGAUGCAUAUGAAUGGCGUGUGGUAGCAUAGACACAUAGAUCCGCAGAGAAUUCGCACUUGUUCUGGGGCAAUGCGUUCCCAGUAUCAGCACAUGC